AUGCCGGCAAUAUCCCAUUUAUCGACGGAACUCAAUAGAACGCUCGAUACCCCCAACGCUGCCAGCGACACUCUGCAGGUCAUUUGUGCCUGGCCAGUCUCCGGCCAGUAUGGCCCAGGAACAAGGAUUCUGUACUAUGUUCUCAUAACAACCUGCGUCUUUGGUCGCAGAGCGGAAUGGCUCAGAAAUGCCUGUCUUGCCGCUGCACUGCUUUUCCCGGCCAUUGGAGCGCUUCAUGGUAUUGUACUCGCGUCACUGCACAUCGACGCUGCUGUCGAUAUGGAUGUUUUUGGAGCCUUUCAGCUUUGCUCAAUCGGCAUCUUGACAGCUCCAGUCACCGUUAGACUAUCCAAGACGUACUUCAAUGAACCCGGCCGGAAUAUCAUCUUUCUGUGGACUGGUCUUAUACUUACAGGACUUUUAAGCUUAACAAUCGAGUUCUAUCGGAUCAAUCCGCAUCCCUGCACGGUCAACGGUCGUCCGAUAUCCAAGGACUCCAAGGAAUUUAAUUACGGUACGACUAUGUGUGAUCUGACUUGCUCCACCGAUGCCGGCCCAUUCUCGCCUAUGCGAGAGGGGUCGGCAAAUAACAUCUACGUCAUCCCUGCACCUGAGAAGCUUACGUUUGGCGCUGCGACGCUGCUGGCUGCUGCAUGUUGCAUUCCAGCCAUUCUCUCGCUGGCGUCGAUGUGGAACAAGAUUCUUGAGAUCAACUGGACCAGGCGGUUCGGCAAUCCGGACCGGAACAAACAGCAAGACGAGGUCAUUGAGGGCACGAACGGUGCAACGCUCGGGGCAAUGAACAGGGUCAAUGAAAUGAUCAGGUCGUUUCUCAGUGUCGUGGAGGUGCCCAUAUUCGGGGCAGCAGUCCUCGUAAUUAUUAUCAUCGGCGAGAUGAACUUUUUCAGUUAUCAAGUCCAAUAUCAAACUGAGCGAAUGAAGAGUAUAGGCCAAUGGGCCCCGAUUGUUGGUGCUGGCCUUGCUGUACUUGGAUCGCUCUCGCUGUUUUUGGCAGCAGCAGUUGAAGAUCAGGAAGAGGAUGUGGAGGAAAAAGCUAGCAGCACUUACUCCGGUCCUCUACCUCGCGAGCGCAUUCUGGGUGAUGCCGAUGCGUCUUGUGUCCAGGACCGACCAAAUUCUCCCAGCGACGGAGAUUCGUCGAUGGAAGUGGGGCAUACGAUGAGUCGAAAUAGUAGAUGGCCGCUGAGGCGCUCUGCAACAGAAGAUCAGGGCAGUCGGCGCAAAAUUGCGCGAAGCCUUUUUGCUGUCAGCAAUUGGAUGAGCAAUGCAGCACAUGAUCGGUAUCAGAACUCCGAUUUCAAGAGCGGGCCAGCACUGCGAUUUCCAGAGAUACCCGGCGAGGAAAACCGGAACGGCGAAUUGAACAAGAUAAGGAAGCAGUACAAUCGUGGUCAAAACCUAGACGAGUUCAGCGCAUCAGGGUCUCCCGAUCGGCUUUCGCGGGUGCCUAGUUUCACGGGCAGCAUUUCUUCUCGGCGAGGCUUCGAGGGAAGCCUGCCAAUCCCAAGGACUGCUUCCCCUGCGCCGAGCCUUGGUGGAAGAUCGCAGGCUAGCAUGUCGCAGGUUGAUGGGAGCUCGUUCGACCUACAGGAUCCUUCUUCAUCCGGAAAUGCCACUAGAAGCCAUUCACGAGCCCGCGGUAACACGCUCGAAGUGCCGAAACCAGUUUAUGCCAGUGGUGGUCGGAUAAGAUCAUCCACUGCUCCAAAUAGGGCCGAUGAAGAGUCAUCAAUGGGAGACAGCUCCCCGAUAAUCGUGGUGUCGCCGGAUCCUGGCCCGAGUUCCCCUGGAUGCGCCCCUGGAUCAAUCCCACGGACAUCUUGA